CACAAGUGAAAUAAGAAAAUCCUCCUGUUGCAGCCGUGGAUUAGGGAAACCGAACCACGUUAAAUUCUUGUGUGUCGUUUGUGUUCUAUUUCUCACUUGAUUCUCGCAGAUAUUUGUGUGUGUUAUGUGUUUAAUUCCCAACAUAGCGAAGGAGAUGAAGAAUAUGACCCAGUAUUUGCCUCCGGAAGUCAUCACGCUCAUCCUCAGCCUACUCCCGGUGGAAUCGGCGGUGAAAUGCACCGCCGUCUGCAAAUCCUGGUACGCUCUCAUCAAAGAUCCCUCUUUCAUUUCCACUCAUCAGCAACAGGCCGCGUCUCUUCAGGACGAUCUUCUCCUUCUCUGUUACCCUGACUGUGAUGAGAGAACGCUCAUGAAAACGGUGUAUGAUUUGCGUCGUGACAACGACGCCUUUGAAGAGUAUAAGAAGUUCCCCUUACCCUCCAAGCCCGGAGUUGAUGAUUGCUAUAAUGUUGGCACAUGUAAUGGGCUGAUUUGUUUGUCGGAUUUUGAGGAAGGUGCUUGGAAUAUAAUUUUGUGGAAUCCUUCCAUUCACAAACAUUUCAUUUUGCCCGAGCCUGAUCUGCCCAAGUCAAAUUUGACCCGCGAGAGCUAUUAUUUUUCUACCUUUGGUUUUGGUUUUGAUUCGGUAUCAAAUGACUACAAGGUACUUCUAAUUGUGCCUUCUGAUGGCGAUGCCAAUGAUUUGGCUGAGGUUUGGUUGUUUUCCUUAAACAGGCGUUCUUGGAUUAGGCUGACUGAUGUUUCUCCUAAGCAUGGUUGUGCUUUUGCAAGGAUGGUCUUUGUGAAGGGUGCCUUGCAUUACGGCCAUUAUUUACAUAUGAUUUUGGCUUUUAAUAUAAGCACCGAAACAUUUUUUUAGAUCAAUAUUCCCGAUGCUUUAGCUCAAUUUGCACCUGGAAUGUCCAUGUCCUUGAUUGGGUAUGAAGAUUCCAUUGCACUGGUUAAUCAUGGCAGCUUUGAUGUCAAACGGCAUGAGUUGUGGGUCAUGAAGGAGUAUGGUGUAGAUAGUUCUUGGACAAAGGUGUUUCAUUCAAUUGACAGAAACGGAGGGUUAGUUUUUGGUACAGACGUGUUUGACAUAUUUGGGGUUAGGAAGAAAGGGGAACUUUUAUUGAAUGUGGGAAGGGAGGAAGGGCAUGGCUGCGAGCUAGCAAUGUUGGAUUUGAACUGCCACCGACAGGAUCAUCAGAAACAGCAGCAGCAGCUUAAGCGUAUUGGUGCACUGGACAACAUUUAAUAUUUUCUUUUUGGUAGGUACGUGGUGAGCCUGGUGUUACUUGACAAUGGGGAAAAAGAUAUUGUGUCGGAGGCGGUCUGAAUGAAUGAAAGUGAAUGAAUAUUAACUAGUAAGUGAACCCAUCUCUUCUGUUUUGUAAAUGUCCCCUAAAAUGACAUCAUUGGCAUAGGACUAUGCUUGGCAUUUAGUACUAGGAGGGUUUCUGUU